AUGAAACAUGGCGAUAAUCCAACAAUAACAGAUAAGAAUGGGAUAGAAUACUCAAAUAUAAGUAGAUUAGGAUUCAUUUAUGACGAUAUUUAUUCAUUAUAUUUACUUACAAGAGCAUAUAAGUGGAGUAAUGCUGAUUUUGUUUAUUUCAUAAAAGAUUCAAUUUAUAAUUCUAUUUAUGUUGAAGAUAAUGAACAUUCUUUAAAUCGUUAUAUUCAUGAUUUAUAUAAUACAGUAUAUAUGAUGUCUAUAUGUCAUCAUUAUAUAUCUGAUAUUAAAUUAUAUAAAAAUGAGAAUAUAGAAAAAAUUAAAAAGUACUUAAAUGAGCUAAUGAGUGAAGAAAGACAAAUAUUCAAUAUUAAUAAUGAAAUUAAAAAAUCAAAACUAUAUUUCGGGUUAUUCGGGGAUUAA